UGAUCAAAAUACCCCCUUGACUUUGCCUAACUUUCAAAAAGGGCCACCGAUGGCUUCAAGUCGACUCGGAGGGCAACAUGCUGGAGUACGACGCGGAAACGCUGGACUAGACGAUUCUGCUCCAGCAAGCAAGCGUUUCCGUACAACUGGAGUCUCACAACGAGGCAAACCCAGCUCGAGCAAAAAUGCAGGACUGGGCCCAAUUGAGGCCGCUCCACCUUCUACAAGGCGUAGUACGCGCCUCUUGAUGAGUACAGGAAAGCUGAAAUAUCCACCCCCUGCAAGAGACAAUCGAAGGAAGACUACGAAUCGCUCGACGUCAGUCUCGGAUGCAGAAGAUAAUCCCGCGGAUGCCCUUUCUCCAUCCUCUGGUUCGAUACCACAGUCACCACGCUCUGAUUCCACCGAGAACCUCAAUGCUACAUCGAACUCUUCUCAGGAAGCCAAAGCCAGUCAACUCACAGCAGAGAGAUACGUUUUUGACAUGAUGAAGCUAUUUGCCAAAGCGCAAUAUCAUUUGAGCAGAUAUGAAAGUAAAGCCGCGAUACAAUGUGUAGAAAAAUUACCACAGAGUCAAAGAAUGUCUCCCAGUGCCAUGGUUAUGAUUGCAAAGGCUUACUACGAACUAGUGGAAUAUAUACAGUACCCUGGGCAGGCUGAGCGUGCCUUCAAAGCCGCUCGUAAAUUAGAUCCGUAUCGACUAUGGGACAUGGAUCUUUAUUCAACAUUGUUAUGGCAUCUACGGCGCAAUGCGCAACUGUCGUUCCUAGCGCAAGAAUUGUUGAACAUAAACUCAAAAUCCCCCGAAGCGUGGAUAGCUGUGGGGAAUUGUUUUUCACUUCAGAAAGAACAUUCUCAAGCGCUUGUAUGUUUUCAACGGGCAGCAGAGAUGGAUCCCUUCUGUGCAUACGCCUAUACAUUGAGUGGACAUGAGGCAUUGGUGGCGGAGGACGUCAGAAAGGCAAUUAUUCUCUUCCAGACUGCUUUAGGACACGAUGGACGGCAUUAUAAUGCAUGGGAGUUGCUAUCUCAAAAUGAUGCGGCUACCAAUGGCACAAUAUCAUUUCGAGCGGGCUGUCGAGAUCCACCCUGCCAAUGCGGUGUUAUUAGGCUGUUUAGGGAUGGUCCACGAACGGCAAGGCCGGGUGGAGGAGGCAUUGUCCUUGUUCAAUGUGGCAAUAGCGACUCAUCCGAGCCUGCUAAA